AGCAUCGCUUUGGAUCGUCAGUCUGUUUAGUCGAACCGCAGCAUUCGCUCCUACGACGUCAGCUGCUCGGACUUUAGUUGAGAGUUCAAUUUGUUUCUUUUUCCCUAAGUUUUUUCAACCCUAAACCGUAACCAUGUCCGACGAUGAGGAAUACACCAGUUCCGAAGAGGAGGAGGUUGUCGAGGAGACCAGAGAGGAGACGUAAAAAACCACCUCAGACACCAGCCGAAGGUGAGGGCGAUCCAGAGUUCAUCAAGCGUCAGGAUCAGAAGCGCUCCGAUCUCGAUGAACAGCUGAAAGAAUACAUCAGCGAAUGGCGCAAACAGAGAGCCAAGGAGGAGGAUGAGCUGAAGAAACUGAAGGAGAAGCAGGCCAAGCGCAAGAUCUCGCGCGCCGAGGAGGAGCAAAAGAUGGCCCAGCGCAAGAAGGAGGAGGAGGAGCGUCGCGUCCGCGAGGCCGAAGAGAAGAAGCAGCGCGAAAUCGAAGAGAAGCGCAUGCGUCUCGAGGAGGCCGAAAAGAAGCGCCAAGCCAUGUUGCAGGCCAUGAAGGACAAGGACAAGAAGGGCCCCAACUUCACCAUUGCCAAGAAGGAGACAGGCGUGUUGGGACUGUCGUCCGCUGCCAUGGAACGUAACAAGACUAAGGAACAGUUGGAGGAGGAGAAGAAGAUCUCGUUGUCGUUCCGCAUCAAGCCCCUCGCUAUCGAAGGCUUUGGCGAGCAGAAGCUGCGUGAGAAGGCCCAGGAACUGUGGGAGCUCAUCGUCAAAUUGGAAACUGAGAAGUAUGACUUGGAAGAAAGGCAGAAACGUCAGGAUUACGAUUUGAAAGAGCUGAAGGAAAGACAGAAGCAACAGCUCAGGCACAAAGCCUUGAAGAAGGGUCUCGACCCAGAAGCUUUGACUGGCAAAUACCCGCCCAAGAUUCAAGUCGCCUCCAAAUAUGAGAGACGUGUGGAUACCCGCUCAUAUGACGACAAGAAGAAGCUCUUCGAGGGUGGCUGGGAUGAGAUCAGCAAGGAUGUGAACGAGAAGAUCUGGAACGAGAAGAAGGAACAAUACACCGGCCGUCAAAAAUCCAAACUGCCAAAGUGGUUCGGCGAACGACCAGGCAAGAAGGCCGGUGAGCCCGAGACACCCGAGGGUGAGGAGGACGCCAAGGCCGAUGAGGACAUCGUUGAGGAUGAGGAUGAGGUCGAGGAGGAGGUCGUCGAGGAGGAGGACGAGGAGGCCGAGGAAGAUGAAGAGGAAGAGGAGGAGGAAGAGGAGGAAGAAGAAGAGGAGGAAGAAGAGGAGGAGGAAGAAGAGGAGGAAGAGGAAUAA